UCAGCAUCACGCACCAAUCAUUUCAUCAUCGGAUCACACAGAGUGUCUUAAAAAGGGGAAGGAAACAUCAGCUGAGCCCAGCAACGGCCUACACCAACCACACUCUUCUACCCAAUACACAGCAACAACUGCAGUGCAAUGAGUGCAUUUAUCCCAUUAUACCCAUAGCUCCUUCGAUGAGAUUGAGGAGAUUAUAAUUUCGUUUUAUCUCUUCCAUCUCUUUUCUUUUCUUUUAUUAAUACCCUUUUUGUUGUUUAAUUUUGUUUUUAUUUUGGGUUGGCGCAGAGAAUCUCUGAUCCUUUUUAUUUAAACGUGGCAUCAUUAAAGAGCUACCUGAGUCUCGAAUAUCGGGCUCCAGCUCCCUGAAACUUCAGAGGAAAAAAGAAAGAAAAAAAACCCUUAGUUCUCUCUUACCCAUCCACUGAUCCUCAGAUUUCUGGGUUUGCAUUAAAUUUUGCUUCUCUAUUUCUCAGCUUUCAGAGAAUUUCGAAAUAACAAUGCUGACGUGCAUAGCUCGUUCCAAGCUACCCGGUGAUGACUCGGUGAGUCAACAAGAGGAAAUGGACUCUUCCACUACUCCUAACACUAAGCACAACCAAGCCAUCAAAUCCCUCACUUCGCAGUUGAAGGACAUGGCGCUAAAGGCGUCGGGGGCGUACAGGCACUGUAACCCCUGCACGGCGCAGAGUCGGUUGAGGAACAUGGGCGAGUCUGACGCGGACUCGGACAGGUUCAGAUGGUCUUACCGUCGGACGGGGAGUUCGAGCUCGGCGACGCCGAGGACGUGGGGGAAGGAGAUGGAAGCGAGGUUGAAAGGGAUGUCGAGUUGGAGCGGAGAAGGGACGCCGAAAUCGUUGAGCGGACGCCGAGUCGACACGGUCGUGUUCGUCGAAGAAAGUGAGCCUAAAGAGUGGGUGGCUCAGGUGGAGCCUGGCGUGCUUAUUACCUUUGUUUCACUUCCUCGCGGCGGCAACGAUCUCAAGAGGAUACGAUUCAGUCGGGAAAUGUUUAACAAAUGGCAAGCUCAAAGAUGGUGGGCAGAGAAUUAUGAUAGGGUCAUGGAACUUUACAAUGUCCAGAGGUUUAACCGCCAGGCAUUCCCACUACCAACACCCCCUAGAUCUGAAGAUGAGAGCUUUAAAAUGGAAUCAGCAGAAGAAAGUCCUGUAACACCACCAUUGACUAAAGAACGCUUACCUUGUAAUUUUCAUCGUCCAACUGGGAUGGGCAUCGGCUACUCGUCAUCAGAUUCAUUUGAUCAGCACGCAAUGCAGGCUCGCCAUUAUUGUGACUCUGGUCUUACCUCAACCCCAAAACUUUCCAGUAUUAGUGGUGCCAAGACAGAGAUAUCAUCCAUGGAUGCCUCUAUGAGGAGUAGCUCAUCAAGAGAGGCUGAUCGCUCUGGAGAGCUAUCCAUCAGCAAUGCCAGUGAUCUUGAGACUGAGUGGGUUGAACAAGAUGAACCGGGGGUUUACAUUACUAUCAGAGCCUUGCCAGGGGGCAAAAGGGAACUUAGGCGAGUGAGAUUCAGCCGAGAAAGAUUUGGUGAGAUGCAUGCUAGACUGUGGUGGGAAGAAAACCGAGACAGGAUACAUGAACAAUACUUGUAAUCUAGCAAAAGAAGGGAGGCUAGCGGCUUGCUGGCACUUUUCUAAAUCGUGGGGGGUGUGUAUUUUUUUCUCAUUUCUUCUGCCAUACUUGUAGAAUCCCUUUUGCAGAGAUCCAACCAGGUGUUUCUGCCUACUGUCACCUGUUGCUAAGUUUUUUUUUCCAGCUUCAUAGUAGCUUAGAAAUAUGAUGGUGGGAUUUUAUAUUACUAGUUUCUUUAAAAUCAAAAGUGUUUGGAGGAUAAAGAGCAUCAAAUGUGUAUUUGGGUGAUGGUAAAAAUGGAAAACCAAUAUCAAUGAAAGAAUGUGUUUCAUCCUUCUUCUUUGAUA